UAUGGUUCCCAACAAAAUUUCACUUUUCAUCCAUAUAUGUAAGUAUACUCGUGUAUGUGUGUGUCAGUGCGCAUCGGUAUUGACUGUGCCCGUGAAAAUGAUGCGAGUGAAACGAGUGCUGUCCAAUUAUUUUAUUAAAAUUGUAGUGAAUUAGUAUAUUUUGAUUGUUAAAAUGAAAUUUGCCGAACACUUAGGCGCGCAUAUAACACCGGAAUGGCGAAAACAGUAUAUAAACUACGAGGAAAUGAAGGCAAUGCUGUAUGCGGCCGUAGAGCAGGCGCCCUCUGCAGAGCUCGUCGAUCCGGAGGUGCUGUCACGCUACUUUGCCAAAUUCGAUGAGCAAUUCUUCCAUUACUGUGACAAAGAGUUGGCCAAAAUUAAUACCUUCUACUCCGAAAAGAUGGCUGAGGCUACACGCAAAUAUGGCAAUCUUCGUAGUGAACUCAGCGAAACGCUGGAGAUGGGCGCGGUGAAGAAGCAACCCGCUUGGAAGUACAAGACACCAUUGGGCAAGAAGAAUGUACCUGCGCGCAAGAUACAGGAUCUCAAAUUAGCAUUUAGCGAGUUUUACUUAGGUUUGAUUUUGCUACAAAACUACCAGAAUCUGAAUUUUACGGGUUUUCGCAAGAUACUCAAGAAACACGACAAGCUCUUGAAUGUGUGCGAUGGUGUCAAGUGGCGUGAGGAGUACGUGGAAGCCGCGCAUUUCUAUGUUAACAAGGAUAUCGAUCGACUCAUUCAGGAAACGGAACGCGCCUUCACCAAUGACAUCGAGGGCGGCGACCGCCAGAAGGCAAUGAAACGUUUGCGCGUGCCACCGUUAGGUGAACAGCAAAGCCCGUGGACCACCUUUAAAGUGGGUCUCUUCUCGGGCGCUUUUGUGGUGCUCUUCCUCACAGUCAUAUUGUCGGCUAUAUUUCAUGGCUUCGGCGAAGAUUGGCGCGUAGGUUUGCGCAUGUUUCGCGGUCCCUUGCUAAUCAUUGAGUUUCUCUUUCUAUGGGGCGUCAACGUGUAUGGUUGGCGUUCAUCGGGCGUAAACCAUGUACUCAUCUUUGAGCUGGAUCCACGCAAUCAUCUCUCCGAACAGAAUAUUAUGGAAGUGGCCUCGGUUUUCGGUGUGAUUUGGGCAAUUUGUGUGCUGUGCUAUAUUUAUUGUGAUUCGCUUGCGAUACCACAAUAUUCGGCAGCAAUUUUUCUUUACACAACAAUGUUUGCAUUUCUACUCAACCCAACGAAGACGUUUCAUCAUGAGGCGCGUUACUGGGCAGUGCGCGUGCUGAGUCGCGUUGUAAUGGCGCCAUUUUUCUUUGUAACCUUCGCCGAUUUUUGGCUCGCCGACCAGCUGAACAGCAUUGUACCCGCCUUUCUGGAUAUACCCUUCAUUAUUUGUUUCUUUGGUGAAUAUUCCAGCUGGCACACAACGGGCUAUGAUGGUAGCAGAUGUGUCCAAGACAUCUCAAUCGUGCGUCCGGUUGUGGCCAUUUUGCCGGCUUAUUGGCGAUUCGCUCAGUGUAUUCGGCGCUAUCGUGACACGCGUGAAGCUUUUCCGCAUCUGGUGAAUGCUGCCAAGUACGCGACAUCCUUUUUUGUUGUAAUAUUCUCAUACAAAUUCCAAACAACUGAAGCCACUUACGUUACAUCGAAGAAUAAUCCGUGGUUCUACUGCUGGAUUGUGGCGGCCAUUGUCUCCUCCUGUUAUGCGUACACGUGGGACAUUAAAAUGGAUUGGGGCUUAUUUGACGCCAAGGCUGGUGAUAAUCGCUUUUUGCGUGAAGAAAUUGUCUACUCUACGACGUGGUUCUACUACUUUGGCAUUGUGGAGGAUUUGGUGCUGCGCUUUGGUUGGACGGUGUCAAUGAGUCUGAUUGAGGCUGGCUACAUGGAAGGUGAUGUUAUGAUGACCAUACUCAGCCCAUUGGAAGUGUUUCGGCGUUUUAUUUGGAACUAUUUCCGUUUGGAAAACGAGCAUUUGAAUAAUUGUGGCAAAUUUCGUGCUGUACGUGACAUUUCUGUGGCACCAAUGGAUUGUUCGGACCAGACAACAAUUUUACGCAUGAUGGACGACGAAGACGGCGUGUGCAAUCGGCGUGGAAAAACCAAAGGUCUGUCGAAGAAGAAAGAGCAACAACGCCUGUUGCUGCUACAAGGCGAAUCUAUCGAAGAUUUAUGCUCUUAAAUGAUCAAAGACUUUAGUCUUUGUAUUUCGAUUUUCGUGGGUGGACAAAAUUCUAAAGAACAUUUGUUACAAAGCGCACAAAUACAGCAAUGGACAAGCGAAGAAGUAAUGCAAUACUGGAUGUCAUUAAACUCAAUGUAGGUGUGGCAAUAGGACAUAUACAGUGUCAAGUAGCGGUAAUUGAAAGCUUAAUAGUGUGAUUUAUACACACAUUUGUAUGUGUAGUUGUGUGUGUGUGUACGUAUUUAUCUACUUAA